UCCGAGGAAAGGAUAUUUUGGUAAAUUCAUUCGGUCAAACAAAAACCUUCAAAAAUCAGGUGUCGAUCUGUCUUGGCCCCUUUUUGUUUUUGAGACUCAAAAGAGUCCCAAUUAGGGUUGCUAUUGUGCCAGAACAGAAACAAUGGUUUGCGAGAAGUGCGAGAAGAAGUUAUCGAAGGUGAUAGUACCAGAUAAGUGGAAGGAAGGAGCUAGCAAUACCACCGAAGGCGGUGGUCGUAAGAUCAACGAGAACAAACUCCUCUCUAAGAAGAAAAGAUGGACUCCUUAUGGAAAUACAAAGUGCAUGAUUUGCAAGCAGCAAGUACACCAAGAUGCCAAGUACUGCCACACCUGUGCCUAUACCAAAGGUGGUAUAGUUGAUGUGCUGAACUGCUGGGGUUUGUGCAAUGUGUGGUAAGCAAGUACUUGAUUUAAAGCUUUACAAGCAAAGCAAUGUAUAAUUCAAAGCAGAUGCUAUUUGGCAUGUUGAAGUAGACCUAAUGGUUUAGGGACUCUUGACUGUUUCAAGCUCAGUUGAUCACUAUCAUUAACUUGCAGUAUUGAAACUGGGGCUGUAAAGUUCACCAACUGUUAUGUAAUGUAGUGGCAUGCUUUGUACGUUUAAUUCUUCCUGGGUAAUGAAAUAUGAUGGUAAUAACUUCUCUA